UGGGUUAGUGACUAUUAUAUGCGCAUGACAUUCUUCUAUAAAUAGCCUACUCAACAAGCCAACUUGAUUUAUCUUCAAAAAUAAAACAUUUCUUCUAUUAAUUCGUUAUGGGUUUGGAAUCAGAGAUGAAGCUUCCCGUCAUCAAUUUUUCUGAGGAAAAUCUAAAGCCAGGAACAAGCGGUUGGGCAUCGGCAUUCAAGGAUGUCCGGCGAGCUCUGGAAGAACACGGUUGCUUCGAAGCAAAAUUCGAUAAAUUACCUGGUCAGCUUCACGACGCUGUUUUCGCCACAGCUGAAGAGCUGUUCCAGCUCCCAACCGAGGUAAAAAUGCGGAACACCAGCGACAUGCCUUUCUUCGGUUAUUUCGGACAAUACAAAACUGUUCCACUCUACGAGUCCUUGGCAAUCGACCACCCAACAUCUCUUGAUGGAACUCAAAGGUUCACCAAUCUCAUGUGGCCUGCUGGAAACGAUCGCUUUCGCGAAAGUGCUCAAAGGUACUCAGAGGUUGUGGCAGAACUUCAUCGAACCGUGAUGAGAAUGUUGUUUGAAAGCUAUGGUGUUGGAAAUUGCUACGAUUAUUACAUUAAAAUCACCCGCUACCUUCUACGAUACUUGAGAUACAGUGAGCCUAAGAUGGGGGAGAGUAAUGCUGGUUUAUUGCCUCAUACAGACAAAACUUUCUUGUCUAUACUUCAUCAAGGUGAUAUCAGCGGUUUGCAGGUGCAAUUGAAAGAUGGUCAAUGGGUUGCGCCGCCACCAUCGCCAACUUCUUUCGUUGUCAUGGCUGGGGAUGCUUUGAUGGCAUGGAGUAAUGACCGAAUACCAUCUUGUAAUCAUCAAGUAAUCAUGAAGGAGAAGGGAAUAAGAUACUCAUUGGGCAUGUUUACAUUCAUGGAUGGGAUCAUACAUAUACUUGAAGAGGUAGGGGACGAGACUCACCCCAUCAAAUACAAGUCCUUCCACCACUUUGAACUCCUUCAGUUUAUGAAUUCCAAUUUGAAAACCAACCCUAACAUGUGCUUUAUCAAAGCCUUUUGUGGUGUUUGAGACCUACACAACAAGGAUGCUGGAGGAAGUGUUUCUACACAAUCCCACCCCCUAUCAAUAAUCAUCUAGCUAUUGUUUUGAAUGUUUUAAUCUCUUUUAUUACCCCCAAAAAGAAAAAAGAUUGUACUUCGUUGCCAACUCAAUGUUCACUAGUGGCAAUUUUUAUGUUUUUCAUAUUUAAACGUUAAUGUAAUAUAAAAUAAUGCUAAAUUAGCUAAAA